CUACUCAGGAAAAAAAAAAGAGAAAAAAAACCCAGAAAAAGAAAAAAAAAUGCUCACUUGUGUAGUAGCGUCGGCUCCUCUGCGACCGUUGCAAUCUCUCUCAUUCCCCUCGAAACUCCAUCUCUUUCCCCAACCCUAUCUCUCUCCCAUUGCUCACCACUUCGUCGUCUCCACCUCUUCCUCCUCCUCCUCCUCCCCCCCUCCUCUUACACCCACUACUACUACUACUACUACGCCCACUGGUCCAGUGGUGAGGAAGCGGAAGAGGUACCGCAAACCCUACCCGGGCGAGAGCGAGGGCAUCGUCGAAGAGAUGCGCUUCGUCGCCAUGAGGCUCCGCACCCCCGCCCCGAGCGGCGAGGAGGAGGAGGAGGAGAAGGGGGAGGUCGACUCCGGCGAGGAGUCGUGGCGUCCGAGCGUGGAAGGGUUCGUGAAGUAUUUGGUCGAUAGCAAGCUCGUGUUCGACACCGUCGAGCGCAUCGUCGAUGAGUCGAGUGAUGUCGCCUAUGUUUACUUCAGAAAAAGUGGGUUGGAGCGGGCUGCUAGCAUUUCAAAAGAUUUGGAGUGGUUCAAAGAGCAAAACAUUGCGAUUCCUGAACCAAGUUCCCCUGGAAUCACAUAUGCCGAUUAUCUUAAUGAACUAGCUGAGAGCAGUGCCCCAUCUUUCCUCUGCCACUUCUACAAUAUUUAUUUUGCACAUAUAAAUGGUGGCAUCCCGAUUGGUAGGAAGGUCUGUGAGAAACUAUUCGAAGGGAGGGAGCUCGAGUUCUACAAAUGGGAUAGUGAUGUACAAUUGCUACUGAAAGAUGUUAGGGAGAAGCUGAACAAGCUUGGAGAGCACUGGUCUCGAGAAGAAAAGAACAGGUGCCUGAGAGAAGCGGCGAAAUCAUUCCGAUAUUCUGGACGGCUUAUUCGUUUGAUCAUCUUAUAGGAAAAUCUUGCAACCCUCUUGCAGAUAUAAUCUACUUCGAGCUGUGGGAGAAUCUCAUUGGUCUUCUAUCAGGCUAGUGAGAAAAUCAUGCGAAAAAAAGUUCAUAUGUAUCUCUUUGACACCAUAGUUGUGUUAUAGUUUAAUUUUGUUAUGACCCUUUAUUAGUUAAUUUAAAGUUCUUCCACUGAUUGCAUCCUGUAUAAUUUCCCUGUAAUUUAAUGUCACAUCCUGAUUUUGUAUUCUGAGAACUUGAGAUACAAAAAUUUCUCGAAAAGUUGUCAAAUUCAGCCAGAAUACAUCAAUUUCGAUUAAAUAUGUGUGGGAUAUUCAAGCUAA